AUGCCGCGCCAUCAGCCACCCCCAUCCCGCCUGCAAGUCAUCUACCAAGGUUCCGCCUCUUCCCCCGACGGCUCCAUCCGCGCGCAGCCGCAGCCCCUGCGCCCCAAUUCUUCCGCCAUUAAGCGCAUGGGCGGACUGGGACGCGCAAUUUCCCUCGGUGGCCCCCCGUCAAAUAUGACCGCGGGCGCCGGCGUGGGGAUAGCUUCCGCUGGUCUUCCCUGUUCCGCCGGAGGGGUUUUCGGCGCAGGCGCAGGCGCAGGAACCGCCAACCCUGGUGUUUCGAUCGUCAGCGCUGACAUCCCUCCAGGAGCAGGAUCCGCGGGAGCUGCUGCGCUCGGCGUGAGGCUUGCGCCUGGCGGAGUCAUCCCCGUGCUCAUCCGCCAAUCCCUCUGCAUCCAAUUCCUCUUGGACCCGUGGACGGCGCGCAUCCGCUGCGCCAGCGCGGGCGCGGAGCUCGCGCUGGGGUAUUCUUCCGCGGAGUUCGACCGCCUGUCGCUCUGUCACCUUGUGGAUAGCCUCCCCCUGGCGGACUGGCUGCAGCUGGUUGCGCCGCUGGCGGCGGGGGACGACGGUGGCGUCGGCAACAGAAGCGGGCGGCUGAGCGGCGCAGCGGGGCUGUUCCCCCGGUCGGCGUCGACCACGGAUCAAGACCUGUCUCGCUCCGCGUCCGUGUUCGACGCCACGGACGACGACUCCUCGUUCGACUCUGGCACGGAGGACGGCAGCGGCAGAGGCGCGCGCCAGGACUCCGGGGAGAGUGGUUCGCCCAACGCUCUCUCCACCACCCGGGAGGAGGGCACAGAGUUUGGGACUGCGGUGGGGGGAGCGGGAGGGGGAUUGGGAGGGGGUCGGUAUUCGCCUGGUUGGCAGCAGACGCACACAGCAGCGCCUCCCUCGCGCUUGAGCAAGUGGCUGAGCCUGGACGUGGGGCUGGAGAAGGUGUCUCUGGAGGGGUUCGAUGCGGUGGAGGACGGUGACAAGGCGGCGGAGUACUAUGGUGCGACGUCCACGAGCAGGAGGGGCGUCAGGGGGGAGCGCGGGGGCAGAGACAGAAAGGCAGCUGUGGCUGUGGAUGGCCUGGGAGUGGGCGCGGGAGGGAAGAGCCAGUCAAGGCGGUCGCGCUUGGGAUCUGAUGGCAGCGGCACCAUAUCUCCCCCGCUGCUGUUCUCCUCUGCUCCCGAAGGACCUCCUUGGUUGCCCAACCCUGCUCUCAGGGAUCUACUGGACCAUGUGGGCACGGCAGUGUUCGCCAUGCGGCUGUGCACGUGCGAGAUCUCCCUCGCCUCGCCCGCCCUUGCCUCGCUGCUGGGCCGCCCCCUCUCCGCCAUCUCUGGCCGCUGCCUCGACGACUUCAUUCUUCCUGACGACCUGCAAGACUUCCAGGCCUGGGCAGCAGUGGUAUCAGAGGCGGCUCAGGGCGGGCUAGCAGCGCUGGGCCCUCCCACCACCCACUCGCAGCCCUCUGCACCGCUCCACCAGUCACCCCACGGCCACACCCACGCCCAGACUCAGCAGCAGGAGCUUUACCGAAAGGAGUACCGCGUCGCUCUCCCCAACAGCAAGACCCGCCGCGUGCGCCUCUCCUGCUGCCUCCCCCCGCCCGCCUUCCCUUCCUCCUCCUCCGCCCCCUCGUCGUCUGCCCUGGCUCUUUCCUACUCCUCGUCUCUUUCCGCGCUGCUGCCCUCCUCCUCCUCGUCCUUCUCCUCGGCGUCGCUUAUCAGCCCUAUGGACGGUCUUCCUGCUGCUGCUGGGGGAACUGGCGGAGCUGCUGCUGCUGCGGCAGCAGGUGGUUUGCUCAUGUGCGCGCUUGUGGAGUCUCCACUGUCAGUGGCGAAGGAGUCAUCAUCAUCAUCAACAUCGCCCUUGGACCAGCUCACUCUCUCGUCCGACCCAGCGGUGGAAAAGGCUCGUAUGGUGGUGGAGUCACUACCUGUGGGCGCAGUGUGGGUGCAGCAGAGGGAGGACGGGGGCGCGACGGUGCUGCUGAACGAGCGCCUGGAGACGCUCGUGGGGUACUCGCGGAGCCACUUCACGUCCCUUGAAGCCACGUACACCGUGCUGUUCCGCGAUAAGGCCAUGGAGGCGAGGUCGAUGUUUGAGAGGGACAGGGCGAGUGGGCAGGUGGUGCCGCGCACGCACGUGAUGGUGCGCAAGGAUGGCGAGCGCCGCUGGGUGGAGGUGGCGCGCAGCAUCUUCCCCGGAGGGGAGCUCUGGCUUCUUACGGAUGUCACUCACCGGCUGGUCCUGCAGGAGCGCUUCCGGUUGCUGUUUGAACUCUCCACUGACGGGUAUCUGCUGGUGGUGGACACGGGCAUCAGCGACUGCAACGACGCGGCCGUGCAGUGCCUGCGCCUGAGCGACCGCAGCGACCUCAUUGGCAAGCGCCUCGUGGAGCUCUCCCCCCCGCUGCAGCCCGAUGGCCGGCGGUCGGAGGACAAGUACGAGGAGGUGCAUGCGCUGGCUGCUGAACAGGGCCACACCAAGUUUGAGUGGGCGUACGCGGCAGGGGACGGGUCAACAGUGCUGAUGGAAGUAACUCUAACGCACGUGGUGCUGCAGGGGCAGCCCACGCUGCUGGCCGUGUGGCACGACCUCACCGACAUCAAACUCCACGCCGCCGAGCUCCAGUCCGCAAAAGAAGCCGCCGAGAAAGCCAGCCAGGCCAAGAGCCAGUUCCUCGCAAACAUGAGCCACGAGAUUCGCACGCCCAUGAAUGGGGUGAUUGGGGUUGCGGAGCUGCUGCUGGGGACGGAUCUGACGGCCGAGCAGCGGUCGUAUCUGGAGAUUAUCCGGUCGUCGGGGGAUAAUCUGCUGAGGAUUAUCUCGGACAUUUUGGACCUGAGCAAGAUUGAGUCGAGGAACCUGGCGCUGGAGUCGCUGGAGUUUGACCUGCACCAGCAGGUCACAGAAGCGUUGGCGCUGCUGGAGGUGGUGGCGAAGGACAAGGGGCUGUAUUUGGAGGUGGAGGUGGAGGAGGGCGUGCCGCAGAUGGUGGUGGGCGAUGCAGUGCGGUUGAGGCAGGUGCUGCUGAACCUCAUCUCCAAUUCCAUCAAGUUCACGGAUACUGGCGGGAUCAGUGUGAACGUGCGACUGGCGCUGCCUGCUGAAAUCACGUCAGAGGGCGGUGGGGCAGCGGGAGGAGGAGGAGGGGAGAGGGUGAUGGUGCGGUUUGAGGUGCGGGACACGGGCAUAGGCAUGGAUGAUGCUGGCAAGAGCCGCCUCUUCCGCGCCUUCUCCCAGGCGGACAACUCUACGAGUCGCAAGUACGGAGGGACAGGCCUAGGGCUGGCGAUUUGCAAGUCGCUGUGCAACCUGAUGGGGGGGGACAUAGGGCUGGAGAGCAAGGUGGGGCAGGGCUCCGUGUUCUUCUUCUUUGUCAACCUGCUCGUCGUGCCGGACCAGCCCAGGGGCGGAGGCGCCGUGUCGUCGGAAGCAGAGUCGGCAGAAGAGGGGCUGCUGUGGCGCCACCUGCAGAACAUGCGCGUGCUCGUGGCCGAGGACAACAAGGUGAAUCAGAUGGUGGCAACGCGCAUGCUGCACAACCUGGGCAUCAAGUACGACCUCGUGGAGAACGGCCGCCUCGCACUCAGCGCAUGCGAGGCACGCAAAUACGAAGUCGUGCUCAUGGACUGCCACAUGCCGGAGAUGGAUGGCUUUGAGGCAACACAGAAGAUCCGAGAAAUGGAGGUGGAGCGAGUGCGCGCAUACAAGGAAGCCAAGGCUGCAGCCAAGCUCCUGCAACAGCAGAACCCCGGGAACCCCCCGCCGUGCCGCCACCUCCCGCGCCCGCACCGCACGUUCAUCAUCGCUCUUACCGCAAGCGCUCUUAGCGAGGACAAGGAGAAGUGCAUUGCUGCUGGCAUGGACCAUUAUUUAUCCAAGCCGAUCCGGCCGCGGGAUCUGGAGCGAGCGAUUAGAGAGAGUGUGGUGGCUUUGAAGGACUUGCAUGCAGAGGAAGGGGCAGCGGCGGCGGCGGGAGGGGGAGGCAGCACGAGCGCAUCUGCUGCUGCAGCGGCGGCGGCAGCGUCGCGGUCUCGGAAACGGAUGGUGAAGCUGAGUCUGCAGCAGUCGCCCAAUGUGGAUGUGUGGAGCGAUAUGACUAGUGAUUCGGACAGUAGCGGGUUCUUCUCGGAUGCUUCCGUUUCGUCCGCAACUGUUAGGAGGCGUAUGAGACCUGUGCCGGAGGGGGCAGGUGCAGGCGCGGAUGCAGGGGGAGGGGGUGGAGGAGGAGGAUUAGCUACUGGUGGUGGUGGUGGCAGUGGUGGUGGUAGGUCUGGGUCAGGUGGGGGAACCAGGGAAAACGUACGAGGAGGAGGACGAGGGGUGAAGACGGAGAGUGAGGAAGAGGAGGAGGAGGAGGAGGAGGAAGAGGAGGAAGAGGAGGAGGAGGAGGAGAAUAGGUGGAGUGAGGGGCUUAAGUCUCCAAGGGCUGUACGGAGGGGUAGUGGCACGACUAGUGGUUCUGAAGGGCGGAAAGCGGUGCUGAAAGGUGGAGCAGGAGCAGGAGCAAGUGGGGCAGUGGGUUUGGGCAGAGGAAGUGGGAGAAGUGGUUCAGGUGGGGCAGUCUCUGGGUCAGGAGGUCAAAGGCAAGGAUAUGAUGGGCAGAUGCCUCCUCUCAGCCCCAGGAGACAGGGAGGAGGACCCGCAGCAGCUGGAGCAGGAACAGGAGGAGGCUUUGAAGGAGCAUCAGGUCAGCUGAGCAGCAGUGGGCAAGGUGCAAGUGGUGGUAGUGGUGGCGGGGGAAAGAGGAACCCAGGUGGUGGCGUGAGGGAAGGAGGCGGACCGAGGCCACCGCUGUCACCAAGAAGUAGGGCCGCUGGGUCCCCUGCUGCACCUGCUGCUGCCGCUCCUCCCCGUGCUGCUACCGCUGCCGCUGGUGGUGAUGGUGGUGGGGGUAGGGAGAGUGGCAGGGCGGGAUGGAAUGAGCAUGCAGAGGAGGCAGGGGAGGAGGAGCAGCUGUAUAUGGGGCAGCAGGAUGGGGGGCUGACGAGUGACGAUGGCAGCACAGGAAGUGCCCCCACUAUGGAAGAAAUCUGGUCCAAGAUAAGUGGGGGCGGAGGAGGAGGGGGAGGAGGAGGCGGGGGAGGAGGAGGAGGAGGGGGAGGGGGAGGGGGAGGGGGAGGCUUGGGAGGAGGGCAAGGAAAGAGUAAUGCAGGAGGAGGAGGAGGAGGGGGCGGUGGAGGAAGCACGGGGGGGUUUGCGGGUACAGGGCCGGGAGGGAGAGCAGGAGGAGCGGUGGCAGCGACACGUUCGCAAUCAGCCGUGGUUCCCAUGCUGGGAUUGUCCCCCACUUUCGCCCGCCCCUCCAGCCCUCCUCGGAUCAGUGCUGCUGCAGCGGACCCUGACUCGCCUCCCACCCGCCCCUCGCCUUCCCCCACCCGCCGACGCUCCCUAGGGGGCCCGGUUGGGCGGGGCAGCGCGGAGGGAGGGCCUGGAGGUGCGAGAAUGAUGAUGGAUGGUGGUGCUGCUGAUGGGUUUGCUUUCAGUUUCGGCUCCGCCUCAUCUGUUCCUCUCAGCCCGGAACGCGUGCACGCAUCAGCAUCAGCUGGAGCAGGAGUGGGAGCAGCAGCAGGGAGCGGGGUCCAUCAAGGGUCGAUGUCUCCAGGCUUGGCCUUUCCCAGCUCAGUGUCCGCCUCAGGUGUGGUUUCCAGCUCCUCUGGUGGGCUGCUGUCUAGCCCUCGCAUGGACUCCCGCCUGCCUCGCCCUGAGGACCACAGGCGGCGCAGGAGAGACAAGGGUGGCACUGGCAUGGACGGGCUACACCUGGGCGCAGGAGGACCUGUGGCAGGGGCAGGAGGAGGAGAAGGAGGAGCGGAAGGAGGAGGAGGAGGGGGAGGAGGAGGAGGGUCGGGAGGUGCGGGUGGAGGAGGAGCGGAUCCCCACGGCAGGUCUCCCUUGCGCUCUCCAGCCCGUGCCCGCCCAACAACACACCCAGCCUCUGUUGGUGCUGGUGCUGGUGCUGGUGGUGGUAAUAUGUCAGGGCAUGCAUCUGGGAGCGAGGGGACUUCGGACAGAGAGCGAGACCAUCCCCAGGGUCAUUCUUCUCAAACCCAUGCCCUCCCGCAUCCGCAUCCGCAUCCGCAUGCUUCGCACCACCAGCACUCGUCCAGCCUGCAUGCAGGCGCCGGCGCUGCAAUCCCCCGCGGUCCCACGCACCAGGCGUCUGGCCUGCGCCGCUCCCUCACUCCCGAGGGGGGCGAGUACCCUGUGUCGUCUCUCCUCUCGCGCCUCACCAAUCUAACUGCUGGAGGGGACAGCCCAGGAGGAGGUGGUGGUGGUGGUGGGCCGGGCAGGGGAGGUGGAGAGGGAGGGGUGGGAUCAAGACACAUGCUAGCAGAGCCGUACGGACAUGGGAGGCUGGGAGGAGGGGGAGGGAGCGGGGGCAGUGCAGGAGGAGGGGGAGCAGGGGGUGGAGGAGGGUUUGGUUAUGGGAUGGGGAUGGGUGGGGGGAUGGGGCCGGGGAGAGGCGGGGCAGGGAAUCCCUCCCCCUUGUGGCGUAGUGCCAGUUUGGAGCCGCCCAAGAGGCAGAUCCGCACGGGUGCUCAGCAGAAGGAAGCGCAGGAUUUGAGAAUGUGGAUUGACCGUGCGACGACGUCGAAGCUGGAUUUGUGGAUCGAUCAGGUGAUGGUGCUCGCGGAGCUGGGUGGGCGCAUAUCGCGCGCCAUCCAGGCGAUGAACCGCGUGACGGUGAUCGACGAGAAGGCGCUCAACGAGUGCCUCAACGAGAUCACGCGCGCGCUGCUGCAGGCCGACGUGUCGUUUAAGAUGGUCAUGGGCCUGCAGCAGAACAUCAAGCGCAUCGUCAAUCUCGAGGAGCUGGCUGCGGGGCAUAACAAGCGAAUCAUCAUUGAGAAGGCGAUAUUCAACGAGCUGUGCAACAUGCUGGACCCCAACACGACGCCGUACCAGCCCAAGAAGGGCAAGCCCAACAUCAUCAUGUUCGUCGGCCUGCAAGGGUCGGGAAAGACAACGACGUGUGGCAAGUACGCGCACUUCUACCAGCGCAAGGGGUGGAAGCCCGCGCUCAUCUGCGCGGAUACCUUCCGCGCAGGUGCCUUCGACCAGCUCAAGCAGAACGCCACCAAGGCCAAGAUCCCCUUCUAUGGCAGCUACACGGAGACGGAUCCGGCGAAGAUUGCGCAGGAGGGCGUGGCGAUCAUGAAGAAGGAGGGGUGCGACCUGAUCAUCAUCGACACCAGUGGUCGCCACAAGCAGGAGGCCUCGCUCUUUGAGGAGAUGCGCCAAGUGUCCGAGCUCACGAACCCCGACCUGGUGCUCUUCGUGAUGGACAGCAGCAUAGGCCAGGCGGCGUACGACCAGGCGCAGGCGUUCAAGGCGAGCGUGCCCGUGGGGGCGGUCAUCAUCACCAAGAUGGACGGCCACGCCAAGGGUGGUGGCGCCCUCAGCGCUGUGGCGGCCACCAAAUCGCCAGUGAUCUUCAUCGGUACAGGAGAGCACAUAGACGAGUUUGAGCAGUUCGAAACCAAGGCCUUUGUCAGCAGACUGCUGGGCAUGGGCGACUGGACGGGGUUCAUGGAUCGCAUUCAGGACGUGAUCCCCAUGGACCAGCAGCCGGAGCUGCUGCAGAAGCUGCAGGAGGGGCACUUCACGCUGCGCAUCAUGUACGAGCAGUUCCAAAACAUCCUCAAGCUGGGCCCACUCGGACAGGUGAUGUCGAUGAUCCCAGGGUUCACCCAGGAGCUGAUGCCCAAGGGGCGGGAGAAGGAGAGCACAGCGCGGCUCAAGAAGUUCAUGACGAUCAUGGACUCCAUGACUGACCACGAGCUGGACAGCACCAACCCCAAGUUGUUUCACGACACCAAGCGCAUCAUCCGCGUAGCGAGAGGCUCGGGCCGGCACCCCCUGGAGGUGCAGGAGCUGCUGGAGGAAUACCGCAAGAUGGACAAGAUCUGGAGCAAGAUGAAGGGGCUCAAGAUGAUGGGCGGGGGAGGGAAGCGCGGUGGUUUGGGCGGCGACAUGGGUGCGGCUGCGAGGAACAUGAACGCGGCGCAGAUGGCGAGGGCACUGCCGCCGCAGAUGCUGCAGCAGAUGGGCGGGCUGAACGGGCUGCAAAACCUGAUGAAGCAGAUGAACUCGUCCGAGUUUGCGAAUAUCCUCGGCGGGAAGAUGGGGGGCAUGGGGCAAUGA